GGACAUAUAACGAACUAGAUAACCUUUUUUAAAAAAGCGUGCGAUCGACUUUCGUUUUCCAUAAUCAGGAACAAGCCAUACCUAAAUUUACCAUAGGCAGGAGCGGGUGUUUAUUGUUGUCAAAUACUAAAAUCGUUAAAUUGCCUGCUGAUAAUCAAGUAUAAAAAUAAUCAGUUGGGUAGAUAUCAUAUCAAUAAAGCAUAUUAGACCCAAAUUCAACUCCUUUUAAAAUAACAUUAUCAUGAACACAGUAAGUAAACGCAUAUCUGGCAGAAAAACCUUCCGAGAUGACUGUUUAUCUUCAGUUAAUUCUUUUUUCGUCCUUUGUCGGAUUGGUCUGGUUGAUUAAGGCCAGUCCGGUCGUUAGAUAUUAUCUAAAGUUUUCUGCUUAUUACGGGAUAGUGAUGGUGGGCUCAUUGUUUUUAAUACCAGUGUUCAUUUUCCAUCCGUUUAGUGUUCAUAACUUUGUUAUAGGAUCACACUGUUUCCGUUGGAUCACCCAUUUAAUAGGAGUAAAGUGGAUAAUUCAAAAUCCUGAUUACUUGGAAUCAGAUGAACCAUGCAUUAUUGUUUCGAAUCAUCAAAGUUCUUUAGAUGUUUUAGGAUUAUUUCAAAUAUGGCCUAAAAUGGGUAAAUGCACUGUAAUUGCCCGAAAUGCAGUUUUCUGGGUAUGGCCAAUGGGAUUUGCGGCAUGGUUGGCAGGUUUGAUUUUUAUCCCAAGAGCGAAGUCUAAAGCUGAUCGAGCCAAAACUAUUAUUAACGACGUGGCGGACCAAUUAACUCUCACCCAGGUAUUCGUGCUAAAAAAACGAUAUUUUUAUUUAAUAGAAGGCAUUAGCCCCUACUUCAUGCUUAUAGUCAUAUCAGAUCUCGUUGCGACUAGAGCGUUAGUACACACAGAAAUGAACAGAGCUUUCAAAGACAUCAACUUCGAUCUAUUAAAAAACUCAAAUUAUACUCAUGAUAGGUGAAAGUGUGCUAUUUUCAACUGAAAAAACAAUAAAUGCUGCAGCUAAAAGACAUUGGUAAAAUCAUAGUUCAUUCCUGCUUAACUGCGGGUAACUGUGUUUUUAUUUUUCAGUGUUUUUUUUUUCUCUGCAGUUUCCUGCAA